AGGCACCAUCAGCGACGUAUCACGCGCGGAGACGGGCAGAGUUGCGGCGAGCGCCGGUGAAAUGCCUCGCCUCGUGAAAGCCGUGUGAUAGCCGAGCGGCCGGCAGGGUGCGCGCGCAGCCGCGGCCAGCGGCGCAGGAGGCGCGCGAAUCGCGCGAGUGGCGAGUACCGGCGAUGCGCGCCGAUCGGCCCUGAGAGGGACCACGACACGGGACAUGGAAGAGGAGGCCGGGGGGAGCUGCUUCGCCGCGGGAAGCGUCGCGGGGGCCGUCGUCGGGACCUUCCUCGCGACGGUCCUGCUCCUCGCGGUGGCCGCUCUUCUCUACAGGCAGUGGCGCAAGCACAAGGGUAAACACCUGGUGCUGGUGACGGACCCCGAAAUCGUGGAGGACGCCUAUGCCUUCGACAAUCCCUGCUUCAAGGACCCCACGCCGGCGGUAGGACGAAGCCUGGAGAGGCCGGUGUCCUUAACCCCUACGGACACUCCUGCUAAGGACUCCACGAGAUGGUCCAGCCCUUGGUCCUCCUUGGGCCUCGGCUCCGCGAACCGCGCCGACAAGAGGCGCACCCUGGAUGACUCCUGCCUCGGGCCGAGGGCGACCAGGGUGAGCGUCGUCAGCCUCAGGAGCCGCGACUUCACGGGACUGGGAUUCAACGUCUGCGGCAACAUGCGAGAGGGCAUCUUCGUGAAGGAUCUUCUUCACCGGGGACCAGCUUCCGAGUCGGGACGCGUGCAUCCAGGGGACCGCAUAGCCAGCGUGAAGAUCAGCUUCAGGAGCAUGGUGUACGAGGACGCGCUAACGAUCCUGAGUUACGCCUCGCCCUACGACGUGGAGCUGGAGGUCGAGAGCGGAGGUUCGGGCUCGAGGCCGGCGACGUUGCUGAAGAAGACGGUGGGUCCAAGUCCGACGAGGAUCUGCCAUCCCCUCUACAGGAGCCAGUCGAUCCCUGAGCUUUCGCAAGCGCGGAAAAGCGGCUCGGCAAAGAGACUCUUCGUUGCCGAUCCCAACGAGUCCCUUGGCUCGAGCCACUCGACCACCAACUCCACCCUGAGGUCCUCCAAGUCGACCCCAGGCAACCAGACUCUGGAGCGGCGCCACGACGAGGCCAGGAACAAUCACCAUAAAUUCGGGAUCAAGGUCCUGCCCGCCCUGGACGGCACUGUCCACCGUAUCGAGAACCAGAACGAGCACAAUGCGAACCUGGAGCGCCGGCACUCCAGGAAAACGGACAUGGAAAAACGAGGGAGGAACUCGGUAGCGGUGGUGGAAACCUGCCCCGUGGCCGAUGGGAAGAAAGUCACGGUGGAGAGCUUGCGACAGCGCGAGAAUCCUGGUCCUGGGCUCAAACCUAAGAGGGUAUUAAAAGUGGAGGGCAACGAGCUGGAAGGUAUCGACCUUCCCGACCGGCCUGACGCUGGUCUUCCAGAGACUUCCACUGGGAGUCAGGAGAGUCACGGAGAGACGGCCACCGAGGUACCAAUCGAGGUUCCCUCGGAGGUGCCCACAGAGGUGCACAACGCCGCCCUGGCUGCUCGCAGGAACCGAAAAAACAGCGCCGAGACGCCGAGCGUCCAGAGGCUCAUCGCCCAGGAGUCGAGCGACCCGGAAGACCCGAAGAGUCCGCAGAAGAAUAAGAGGAAAGCUCCCGCACCGCCGAGGGCUGGUUCCACCCAGUCUGGGAGCUCGCCCGGUAGGAGUCCUGUAUCCGCUCGAGGAACGGAGAGAGAUGACGGUGUCGACGGUAUCGCGGAUUACUCGGAGUCUCUCGAGGAUCACGAAAACAGGGCUCGAGAGGUCAGUGACGGAGCCGAGGCUCGUCGACAACGGUUGGAAAACCAGGUCGACGCGGCGCGAGGUAGAGGCUCGGAGUCGGACACCGACAGCGAAGUGCAGAACAGCUUCACGACCAUCGAGCUGAACCCCGCCGAUAUCACGAUACACCGCACCCCGGUGCCCGAGGUGGACGACGGAGACGACGUGUACAGGAAAGCGGCGAGCCUGGGGGACCUUUCUAGGUACGAGAACAAAUCCUCGGCGACGUUGGAGAGGGCUCAGAGCCUGGACAUGACGGAGGCAGGCUCGAAGAAGAGGAAGGCUCCUUUGCCUCCAGAGGACGUGAACGAGUCGUCCGAGGAUCUCACCAGGCUCGACCAGACGGACACCUUCGAGCGGCGCAAGCUGAAGAAGUCCGACGAGUGGGGCACCCUGGAGGAUGCCGUCUGGAACAAAGGUGGAGAGCCCGAGGAGGCGCAGAGUCCGCGGGUUAGGAAGAAGAGCAGCGGGACCCUGGAGAGGUCCAAGUCAGCGGUGGAGAUCAAGCCCAAGGAGGAGGCCUCGAAGACCCCGGAAGAUCGCUUCAACGUGUCGGACGGUGCCCUGGAGACCAGCAUCGAGCUCUACAACCUACCGCUGAGUAAAAGGUUGACGCAGGAAUUCGUUCAUUCCGAGAGGGCUUUCAACCCUGAUAUAGAUAAUUCCCUGGCGAGAAUAGUUAACGACGGUGGAGUCGUUCACAGCCCCACCCCUGAAGAGGUCGAGCUGGACUUCCGCCAGGCGAGGCCUCCACCGGACGACGAGGACGAGGGCAUCAAGGACGACGCGCCAGUGGUGGAGGAGAGGUUCGACAAGGCUUUGCAUUUCCUGGACUCGCAUAUUCCCGAAGCACCCGUCUCCAGCGACGUCAAGGUCGACCUCUCGAGCGCGCCCGGUGACGCGGAGAGGAUGUCGAAGAAAGAGGUCUCUGUCUACGCGGGAAAAACGGAGGUCCUUGAAGAACCUAUGAGGAAGAUCAUCUUGGAUAUAAGCUGUCCAGGGUGCGAGCAGAGGUCUAGUAGACACGGCAUUGGCUGUAGCAAACGUAGCGAUCCCUUGAAGGGCAUCAUCGAUGCGGAGCGACGAGUCGUUGACGAUGCGAAGGGCUCAUAUUUGUCGAAGAAGCGAGACGGGGACGUCGACUCGGAGACUCCUCGUUCGCGAAUGCCCUCUUCGAGGCCGGAGGCGAUGACGAUUCGGUCUCUGGAAUCCGAAGUCGUGGUGGCCUCGACCCCAAAGAGCGAGGGCGGCUCCAAUUCGAGCUUCCAGACUCGCAAGACCAGAUUCGAGACCGGGAGUCCCAGAGAGAACCUGACGACCUCCAAUUACCCGAGACCACCUUCCGUCGAGAACUCGUCUUACGAGACACACUUCGCGAGGAGGAUCGUCAACGCCUCGAACAAGGAGAACGCGCGUGGCGGCGUAGAGGGUGAAGAGGAGGAGGAAGAGGAAGACGACGACGAUGGGUACGAGUUCGGUUCGGGCGUCACGGUGAACAGCAAGAAUUUAUCCUUAAGUUCUGACGAUAGACGAAACGUUAGCAACGUCAGCGUGUCCAGCGGGGAGAACAGCGAGGACAGCGGAGUCGCGAGGGAGCCGGGCGUCGCGACGUCGAGGCAGGACUUGGAGUCGAGGCCUCCUUUGCCCAGCACACCAAUGCCGUUGAGUGGCACCCCCCAGAGGAUGACCUACGUCACGGAGAUCAAGGUGUCGACCAGUCGAGAGGACGUGCACGAGCCGGACAGCGAGAGCGAGGAGAUCAUCGCCAUCAUGGAGGGCAACGGAGAGCCUCGAAAACCCAGGAAGGACGCCACGUCGAACGGCAAACCUCCGGCCAGCAAGAAGCCCCCGGUGCCUCCCAGGAGGACCGACGCCUCCAGGGUGAGAGACGAGACCGACCGACAGGUAGUCUACGUGUCGGAGUACAAAUCACCUGGCAAGGACUCCCAGGGGGAGAGCGGCUCGGCAGAGGCGAACAAGCAGUCCGUAGGCGCGGUUGGCAAAAAGUUCGAGCAGUGGAUCUUCCUGGGGGACAACAAGGAGCAAAAUCCAUGGGGCAACGGGUCCAGCCAGCCGCAACCGGUGACCAACAUCGUCCUCUCCUCCGGGGACGAGCGCAUCGUUCGCCAGUAGCGCACCUGCGAGAAUGGACGAGAAAAUGAGACGUAGCUCCCGCGGAACUUGCACGCACUCUCCCACUUAGAGGGGAAGGAAUUUGUCACGGGUUUUCCAUGGGUCGACUGUUGCGAAAUCGAGUGUCUUAUGUUUAACCGUUUCCUUUAAUACUCGGCCCCUAUGGAAAAUUGAACUGUAGACCGUAGACCGUAGACCGUAGACGCGCUUGGGUAGUUAGCGAUGCUACGUGCCAUAAAGACUAACGAUCGAUGUGGCGGUUACUUCAUUGUCCGGUGUGACGAGUUGAACAUCUUAACUGGAUAAUUCGAGUCAUUUUUAUUUUAACUCGAGAUAUUGGCGCGGAUAAGAGUUAAGGUCCAUUCGCGGUGCCCGACAUGUGUCGGUCCCGACUACGUACCGGCGUUAACCCUUCGAAUACGGAGCCUUUUCGACAUACGGGCGAAAUUCGUCUGACCGUGCAGGCAAUAUUGGACCAAACGUACGGUGACUAUAGUCACCCGUCGUAGCGAAAGGGUUAAUUCGGUAAUACGUUGCGUGGUGUGUUUUGAUUGUCACUUCGCAUUGUUCGAACUGUUCGUAGGUUGGAUAGGCUGAACGGUGCCGUUGAAACAAAUGUUACGGCAUUUCGAACCGAUUCGUGUCGGAUAGUCCGAAGAGUCCUUCACUCGCCAAUUCGCUCGAGUAGUCGCGCCAAAUUUAUGCGGACGCGUUUCUCUUUCCGUUGGAUCGUCGGCUCGAGUUCAAGACUCGAGCUGGCGAUUUCUUCGAAUUCGAGUAAGUCGAGUCGAUGAAGUGUACUUCGACUCGUCGCAUCGCUCCUGCAUUGUACGAUGUAAAAUAAUAAAUAGUCGCGUCGCGAAGGAUUCUGCGCGCGCGGGUUCUAGGUGCUCCGAAUGCGCUGAAAAUGCGAAUAGAGAGGAGGGAACGAUUGUAAAGUAUAAUCGAGGGACUACAUAGAGUUCUCUGUACAUAUUGGCCUGGGUCUUAGCGAGCGCUCGCGAGCCACUCCGCGUCGACGGCUUGACAAAGGUCCAAGAUGGCGAGUCGCUCGAACGCGUCAAUGUUAUAUUAAUUCCGAUUGCUCCUUGCACGCACGGGACUGGAGCGUCUAAUAAAAUUAACACGCCCGUUGUGCGAACACCGAGGGCUCCGUAACUACCGAGAUCUGUAGCUCAGUAUAUCGUAGGUUUUAGCGUAGAUAUCGAAGUACGCGUUAAAUCAGCAUUAACAUUCCUACAUUUACGGUAGUUGACUAACGCGCGAACAAUAUCGGCCGAGUAGUUAAGGCGUUAUGAAAGUGUCAUUUAUAGAUGCCAAAAUGUCAAAAGAUCUAUAAGAUUUUUCUCCAAACUGGGUGCACUGAAUCAUUUGAAACUUCACGAGAUUAUGGAGGCCCCAAGUUAGAACGCGGUGCUCGUGGAGUUUCAUUUUUUGAAAAAACAUUUUUAUUUAUG